GAGCAUGUUAUCUAGAACCUUUUUUGCUUUUUUAAUCAUUGCAUUGAGUUGUUUCAGAUGGCUGCAAUAUGCAGAAUCCAAACUACCCCAGGAGGAGGUUACUGCUCUUGAAGAAAUCACUAGCACGAUGGGUGCCACCUAUUGGAAGUUUGAUAGUGAUUCUUGUCAAAUUAAAAUGGUGGGGUUAACACCAGAGCCACCUCUUGGAUUCACUGAAUGCAGCAUUGGUUGUGAUUGCUCUUCUGAUAAAAACACCUGUCAUGUAGUAAGGAUUAUUAUCAAGGGAUACAACCUUCCUGGCAUGCUUCCACCUCAAUUGGUUAAGCUUCCUUACCUCAGAGAAGUUGAUUUUGCUUUAAACUACCUAAAUGGUACAAUUCCAAAAGAAUGGGCUUCAAUGAAACUCACCUCAAUCUCUCUACUUGUUAAUCGUUUAUCGGGAGAAAUUCCUAAGGAGUUGGGAAGUAUUACCACUCUAACAUACCUGAACCUUGAAGCAAACCAAUUUUCUGGUAUUGUUCCCUCUCAACUUGGAAGUCUGUUUGACCUGCAGACUUUGAUUUUAUCAUCCAAUAAAUUGUCUGGGAACUUACCAGUGACAUUUGCUCAGUUACAGAAUUUGACAGAUUUUAGGAUAAAUGAUAAUAAUUUCAAUGGAAAAAUACCUAGCUUCAUCCAGAGUUGGAAACUACUUCAAAGACUAGAGAUGCAUGCAAGUGGGCUGGAGGGACCUAUCCCAUCAAAUAUAUCUCUUUUGAGUAAUUUAUCUCAACUGAGGAUUAGUGACAUAAAUAGUCCAAGUCAGGAUUUUCCUAUUUUAAGCAACAUGGCAGGAAUGAUAAGAUUGAUUUUGAGAAAUUGUAACAUUACUGGAGAGCUUCCUAGCUACUUCUGGACAAUGAAGAAAUUGGAAAUGUUGGAUGUCAGUUUCAAUAAGUUGGUUGGGGAAAUACCAGCAACUGUACAAGUGGGGCAUCUGAGAUUUGUUUUCCUUACUGGCAACAUGCUAAGUGGCAAUAUACCUGACUCAAUCUUGAUGGAUGGAAGCAAUGUUGAUCUUUCUUACAACAACUUUACGUGGCAAGGACCUGAGCAAUCUGCUUGUGGAAAUUACCUGAAUUUAAACCUAAACUUGUUCCGUAGCUCCUUAGGGAUUAAUGCUUUACAGGGGAUUCUUCCAUGCUUAAAGACUUUCAACUGUCCUACAUAUUCAAGUUGUUUGCAUGUUAAUUGUGGUGGAAAGGAUAUAAAGGUGAUGGAAAAUGAUGAAAAUAUCCUCUAUAUAGGAGAUGGCGAUGUGUUUGGAGGUGCUGCUAAAUAUUUUAAUGAUUAUACAAAUCACUGGGGGUUUAGUAGCACGGGAGACUUCAUGGAUGAUGGUGAUUUCCAAAAUACACGUUACACCAAGUCUUUGUCAUCUUCCAGUAUGCCUGAAUUAUACACAACGGCUCGUGUCUCUCCAAUUUCGCUUACUUAUUUUCACUAUUGCUUGGAGAAUGGGAAAUAUACUGUAAAUCUUCACUUUGCUGAAUUACUAUUUACAAAUGAUAACACAUAUAGAAGUCUUGGGAAGCGCAUAUUUGAUAUCUAUGUUCAGGAAAGAUUAGUUUGGAAGGAUUUUAAUAUUGAAGAUGAAACACAUGUUGCUCAGAAACCACGUAUAAUAUCAACAUAUAAUGUCACUGUAACAGACAAUAUUCUGGAGAUUCGAUUCUACUGGGCUGGCAAGGGGACUACAAGAAUUCCUGUUAGUGGAAUUUAUGGUCCUCUCAUAUCAGCUUUCUCUAUUGUUUCUGAUUCUAAACCUUGUUCAGACCCAAAAGCUGGAAGGCAUCAUAUAGUGGUUGGAGUUGGAGUUGGAGUUGCAGCUCUAUGCCUAUUCCUUAUCAUAGUAGGAAUCUGUUGGUGGAAAGGCUACAUCAAAGGAAUAAUUAGGAGAGAAAAAGGUAUAGAAGAACAAGAUUCUCAGACAGGGACAUUUACAUUAAAACAAAUUAGAGCUGCCACUGAUGACUUCAAUCCUGCUAACAAGAUUGGGGAAGGUGGUUUUGGUCCUGUCUACAAGGGUCAAUUAUCUGAUGGUACAUGGAUAGCAGUCAAACAACUCUCAUCAAAGUCCCGGCAGGGAAACCGUGAAUUUUUAAAUGAGAUAGGCAUGAUAUCUUGUGUGCAACACCCUAAUCUUGUGAAACUUCAUGGAUGUUGUGUUGAAGGGGAUCAAUUAAUAUUGGUGUAUGAGUACAUGCAAAAUAAUAGCCUGGCCAGUGCUUUAUCCGGCUCAGAAAAUCGGCUUAAACUUGAUUGGCCCACAAGGCUUAGGAUCUGUAUUGGCAUAGCAAAAGGUCUUGCUUUUCUUCAUGAAGAAUCAAGACUCAAGAUUGUUCAUCGUGACAUCAAAGCUACUAAUGUGUUACUGGAUGGGAAUUUAAACCCUAAAAUAUCAGACUUUGGGUUGGCUAAGCUUGAUGAUGAGGGGAAGACCCAUAUCAGCACCCGAGUGGCUGGGACAAUAGGAUAUAUGGCACCAGAAUAUGCAUUAUGGGGUUACCUGACUUACAAGGCUGAUGUUUACAGUUUUGGAGUUGUGGUCUUGGAAGUUGUUAGUGGAAAGAACAAUAACGAUUACAUGCCAAGUGAUAAUUGUGUUUGCCUUUUAGAUAUGGCAUGUCAUCUGCAACGUACUGAAAACUUAAUGAAGCUGGUUGAUGAAAGGUUGGGAUCAGAAGUAAACCCAACUGAAGCCGAAAAUUUGAUGAAAGUAGCUCUACUGUGCACAAAUGCAGCGCCAUCACUUAGGCCUACAAUGUCUGAGGUUGUGAACAUGCUUGAAGGAAGAAUAAGCAUUCCAGAUGUUAUCCCAGAACCAAGUGUUUUCAGUGAAGAUUUAAGGUUUAAAGCAAUGAGGGACAUCCAUCAACACAAGGAAAGUCACAGUUUAAGCACAAGCCGAACAGACAAUUCAACGGGAGUCCCUACACUUAGCUCUCCCUCAAUAUUUGGCAAUGACAUAAAUGAGAUAUCCUCAGAACCAUAAUUCAGCAUAACUGAGGUUUAAUCUUUUAGGGCAAAAACUUGUUGCUACUCAUGGCAAGUGCA